UACGGUUGUCUGUGUCGAAGAUCAAAAGAUAAGAUAUAAUUAUUGCAAAUUAAUUAUCAACGUUGAAUUAUUUUGUUGUUGAUUGAUGAAUUUACAAAAGAUAAGGAAGGCAUUGAAGCCUGCUCCAUGCUAAUGAAAAAAGUUUGCCAAUAUAUUUUUACUUUAUUUUUUUGACAAAAGACAUGAAAUUUAAUUAAUGAUUACUUAUUAUGGAACAAAAGACGCUAUUAAAGUGACAUUCAACAAGUUGACAAGUUAAAGAAAGUCCUUUGUGGAUAUAGGAAUAACAAAUAAGUGUAAGGAAGAAGGUGUGAACAAUUAUGAGUGAAUUACAAUUUCCUGAUGACUUUAUAUCAACAUCACGGCCAAGCCCCGAAGAAUUGGAAGCAAAUGAACGGCUUGAGCUGAUUGUGUCAAUAAUUGUGCCAAUUUUCUUCUCCUUAAUCGGAAUUACUGGAUUUAUUGGAAAUCUCUUAGUCAUAAUUACCGUUUUGUUUAAUCAACAAAUGAGGAACACGACAAAUUUAUUAAUUUUAAAUCUUUCAUUUGCCGACUUGCUCUUUAUAUGCUUCUGCAUUCCAUUUACUGGAGCAGACUAUUCGCUUUCAUGGUGGCCAUUUGGAAAUUUUUGGUGUAAAAGUGUACAAUAUUUAAUCAUAUGCACAGCCUAUAUUUCAAUUUACACGCUUGUACUGAUGUCAUUGGAUAGAUAUCUUGCUGUGUGCUUUCCAGUAAAUCGAAUAAGAUCGGAAAGGAACACAAUUGUCUCGAUACUUUUUAUAUGGGUAAUUGUACUCGUCACAUGCUUGCCAGUAUUUCAUGCACACGGAAUUGUCGAGUAUAUGGAUAAUGGAAGAAAUUUAACAUCGUGUACAUUCAUGAACGACAAUGAUUUUAUGGCUUGGAGUACAUUUCACAUAUCGUUCUUUACAAGCAGUUACCUUAUGCCGUUAAUCUUUAUAUCAAUUUUAUACUUCCUAAUGUUAUUGCGUCUAUGGAAAAGUAAUUUAGCACAAUCAACAGAAUCGAAACGAGGAAAGAAGCGUGUCACCCGCCUAGUCAUCGUUAUUGUUGCCUGUUUUGCCAUCCUUUGGCUUCCCAUUCAAACUAUUCUUCUUUUAAAGAGUUUGAAUCAUUAUACAGCACAAACUCACUUGACAAUUGCACUGCAAAUAUGUUCUCAUAUAUUGGCUUAUGCAUCAUCUUGCGUCAAUCCACUUCUAUAUGCUUUUCUUAGUGAGAAUUUCCGGAAAUCUUUCAGAAAGAUAAUAUACUGCCAUCCGUCGAGUCAUUCACGCUACCUUCCGACUGCUACAAAAUUCACAGCUACUGGCACUUCAGGUAAUACAUGAAAUGGAAGCCACGCGUUAACAGAACGUUCAAAAUAAACAAUUAUCUUAUAGUCUAGUUGUACUUGAUCUGGUGACGUUCGCGCAUUUUAUGCUGAUUAGCAUUUUAAUACCUAAUUUAACGAUUUUUGAGAAAUUUGAAUUUUUACGGUUUCCAACAAUUUAAAUUUUUACCGGAUUUUAAACAUUUGAAUUUCUAAUGUUCAAUUUUUGAACUUAAAUUUAAAUUUAAAAAUGUCGUUAAAAAUUCAAAUUUCUCAAAGUCGUUAAAAAAUUCAGCUUUAAAAUUUAAUAUACUUAGAAUGAUUAAAUCAGAAUCAAAAGAAAAGCGAAG